AGUAUCUUUAGAGAAGUUACAGAAGAAAACUUGCAGCUUAAACAUGAAGGCGUCUGUGUGUUUUGUGUUUGCAGUGGUUUGUUGGAUCGCAGCGCAGGCAGAGGAGUCGCCAAAGAUCCUCACGCUCAGUAAAGUUAUGAAUGAACUCAACAAGAUCAACCAGGGAAUGAUAAAGGACAAAAGCACAAGUCUGAACUCACCCACCGUCAACGAUCUGAAGGACUGCUGUGUUGCAUCUGCUCUGGAAUGUUUUCGGUCCCAAGUGAAUCACCUGUCAGUCACUGAUCCCAAACUAAGGCGAUCAAAGAUGAUCGUCAGACGUGAGCUUCAGAGACCACUCAUUGUGAACAGUGUGUCCAGUUGCAAACCUGAAGAGAUACAGACAGCUCAGUGCAAAUCAUGUGACUCGUACAACAAGGUUGACAGCCGAAUGUUCAUGCAGAAUUUUCAAACUCUUCUGCAGAAGAUCUAUGCCAGUCAAGCAUAGAGAUGAAAGAGCGAAGAGACUGUGUGUAUGACACUACCUGACCAACCCACAGCAGAGAAGAGGCUCGCACGCUCCGCUGCUCCUGCUGUUCUAUUUAUUGAAUAUUUAUUGAUCGUUUUCUUGUUUGUUUUAAGUAGAGGAUCUGUUAAAGAAUUGUUCACGUUUUUAGGAACAGGGCAACAUCAUCUUUACGAAACAAGACAUCCGUUAUUAAUAACAUGUAUCCGUUUUGUUAUACCGCCACCUUGUGGUGAGAUGCCAGCACUGCUGCCUUCAUAACAGCCCCGUUCCUGGAAAGAAGGGUGGUUUCCCUGAUGAAGAUGAAGCCUUAUACAACAACACAAGGGCUUUCGAGUAGAUUUUUCACUUUAUUAAGUACGCUAGGAAUUUUAUUCUUAAUCUUUGUCAGGAAAACCACUCAUUCAGAUGAUAUGUUACCAAUGUAUCU